UGUAGAUUUUGGCAGAACACUAUCCGAGGGGUCAUAAAGAAUUUAGAGGAUCGUUCUUUAAUUUGCAUGGCCCAGUGGAUACCAUGUCUUGGUUUUCCUUUCAUGGGGUGGAAUUGAAGAUUGAGGGCGAUGGCAGGGUUUUUCCUGUCAGCAACAGUUCUUCUUCAAUAAUUGACUGUCUCAUGUCUCAAGUGAAGCAAAAGGGAGUUAGUAUGCAGACCAGAAAAGCUGUAAACUCAGUGUCUGUUGCUAACAGUGGCAAAUUCGUUCUCAGUGUUCAGCAGCAGUUAGCCAAUAAUGCUGAACGAGUUGAAGCAGAUUAUCUAUUGAUAGCUAGUGGUUGUAGCAAGCAGGGUUACACUCUUGCAUCUCAGCUUGGUCAUACAAUCAUAGAUCCAGUACCAAGCUUGUUUACUUUCAAAAUAGAAGAUCCACAAUUGACAGAGUUAUCUGGGAUUUCAUUCACUAAAGUUAAAGUGAGACUGAAAUUGGAUAAUGUCCGAAGGAAUAUUCCCCAGCUUACACAGGUUGGCUCCAUGUUAGUCACACAUUGGGGACUCAGUGGGCCAGCUGUUCUUCGGUUAUCUGCUUGGGGGGCUCGUUAUCUGUUCAGUUCAGGGUACAAAGGGAAACUGAUUGUUGAUUUUACCCCAGAUUUGCAUGAAGAAAAUGUGAAGUCUAUCCUUUCUCAUCACAAGCAUCAAUUUGCGAAACAAAAGUCUAUAAUUCAUAUCCUCCUGAUUUUGGCAUAUCGAAAAGAUUUGGUGUUAUGUGUUGAACCGACAGUUAUGUG